AAAAAGACACUGCAUUUCAGGAAGAAAAGAAAACAAAAGGAAAGAUGAUAAUGAGCUCAAUUAGGAAAUGUCUUCAAAUUUCUACGUUGACUUUAGCCUUUCCAAUCUUGGUGUUGUUAAGUUUGACUAGUUCCUCAGAAGCAGACCUUCAACCAGGGUUUUAUAUGCAGUCAUGUCCCAUGGCUGAGUUCAUCAUCAAAGAUGAGGUUCGACAAGCAUUUUUCAGCGACAGGGGAUACGCUGCUGGCCUCGUCAGGCUGCACUUCCAUGACUGUUUCGUUAGGGGAUGUGAUGCAUCAGUACUCCUAGAUUCAACUCCAGGAAACACAGCCGAGAAAGAUGCAGCAGCUAAUAAUCCUAGCCUACGAGGGUUUGAUGUCAUUGAUAAUGUAAAGGCUCGACUUGAAUAUAUGUGUCCAGGAGUUGUGUCAUGUGCUGAUAUACUAGCCUAUGCUGCGAGAGACAGUGUUGAAAUGACUGGAGGAGUUGGCUAUGAUGUUCCUGCAGGAAGACGAGACGGUAGAGUCUCUAAAUCUUCAGAGGCCACCAUGAACCUGCCUCCACCAUUUGCCGAUGUUGAUCUACUCACUAAAAUAUUUGGCAGCAAAGGAUUAACACAAGAAGAGAUGGUUAUCUUAUCUGGAGCUCAUACCAUAGGUCGCGCUCACUGCACUUCCUUCAGCAAAAGGCUGUACAAUUUCACCCCAUCAACAGCACAAGACCCCAGCAUGAACUCCGCGUAUGCAUUUCAACUACAGCAGCAGUGCCCAUCAGGGGAUGCUGGUGCUAACAUUGUGGUUCCAAUGGACCCUAUUAGCCCCACUAUUUCUGACACUGGCUACUACCGGGACAUCAUCAACAACCGUGGUUUGUUCACAUCUGAUCAGACUCUCUUGUCAGACACUUCUACUGCAAAUCUAGUAUAUCAGUAUGCUCGAAAUCCUUACUUCUGGGGAAGGAAGUUUGCUGAUGCUAUGGUGAGGAUGGGUCAGAUUGAUACUCUUACAGACAAUGAAGGAGAAAUUCGAAGGAAUUGUAGGGUGGUAAACUAAAUAAAGAUGAGCUAAUCUGAGCUGAAAGCAAUAAAAUGAAUGGCUGUACAAGAUAGUUUGCUAAGGGUUGUAUAAUAUGGCUUUACAGCAAUAAAAUGACUGAUAUCAUAUUUUAUGACUUUACAGCAAUAAAA